AUGUACAGGCAGCAACCUCCGAAUAGGCGCAGAGUGACUUCUGCCGAGCGCCAACAAAUCAUCGGUGACAUUAUACAAUAUCUGUUUAGAAACCCAAGGCUUCUGGAUAUCGCCUUUCAGGCCCCAAAUGCCGUUGAUCCCAACGGAAAUAAGCCCAUGGCACUCAUUGGAGAUGCCGCUUUGAGACUUGUUCUCUAUGAACAAGGCUAUGAGGACAACGCCUCCACUGAGACCAUGACGGACUCCCAAAAUACCAAAGCGACAAAUGCGAAUUUGGCACGCCUCGGUUUCGGCCUCUGUCUAGCAGAGUUGAUCGACUUGAAUCCUUCAGCUCGAGGGGCUGUACCUAUGAAGCUCAUGGCUACCACGAUGGAGGCCCUCAUCGGAGCAGUCUACUUGGACUGUGGCAAAGAUAUAAUGGUCACCCGCCGGGUGAUUAUUCGCCUGGGCAUCCUAGACGCCCUCUGA